AUGCCUAACACACAAACAACUAUACGCAAAGACCACAAGAAGUGGAAAUGCCAGAACAAGGUCAACGAUCAGAUUUGUGGCAAGAUCAGCGACAUCACCGAGACCAUGUGCGAGUGUAGAAUCCGGCGGAAGCCCGACACCGAAGCCCUCGCAGAAGACGAUUCUGUCAUUGGAGAGAUGUACAAGUUAGACGAUGACUUGACGGAGCAUUGGAAGUACUUUAGCCCUGAGAAGAUAUCGGGUGCUAUCAAGGACACUCUGUACAGCCUCCCUUCAAUCAAUUCGACCGUCAUCAUCCCCAGUCGCAUCGCAUCGCAUCGCAUCACGCAUCUCGACCACCGCGCGAUUGAUUGA